AUGGAAGAACAUGAAAGUCAGGUCCUCCAGGUUGAAUGUAGCGUGGAAUGCUCUCUGCUUUGUGAACAAGAGCAAAGUCACUCAGCAGGUACUGAUAUAGUUCAUGGUAGAUGGUAUUUAUUAUAGAAUUGCAUAAUUGAGUAAAAUCACGCAUUCUGAUUGGUUAAUGAAGAGAGGUAUUCAGUGUGGAAUUGCGAGUUGAAAACGAGGCUAAGGGAUGUUUUUUCGCAUCUACGUAACAACUAUUGUCAAAUUGUAACACAACAACUGCAAAAAAGGUUUUCUACAAUGUCAUUUUAAAAUGUUUUCAAAAUCAUUGUCCAGGGAUUGCAAAUUUUAUUGAUUAGUGGAGUCACUGUGACUUCCGCUUCACAAAUUUUGGAGUCAUUUUGGAAAAUUUGGAGUCAAGUAUCACAACGAAAAAAGCCAUUUGCAGACUUUACAGCACUUGGUCCUGGCAUGAAUAACUAUCGUGAUGGAUACACGGUGUAGCUGUGGGGGUUCACUGACCUAGAAAGCUCAAAUCCAUGAUGGCAGUCAUCGAGUAAACUUUGAUCGUAAUUUACCCUCUUCCUGUUUUGUCGUGCAGUAUCAUUCUUUAAUUUUGAUGAUUUAAUUAAGGUUUACAACGUUUAAAAUUAAUGUAAAUUGCAUUUGUUGCAAAAAAGGUAGGGACAAAACUGUGUUUGUUACCGAAAAUUCCUGGAGUCGAAGUGGCUCCCUGUUUGUUACCGAAAAUUUCUGAAGUCAAAGUGACUCCCUCCGUAACCUCUGUGGAGUCAUCUGAACAAUUUUGGCGGAAAAUACGCCAAAUUUGGCGUAUUUGCGAACCCUGCAUUGUCACCUUUUGUAUAUCCUUUCUUAACAUACUGUAAUGUCGCCUGGUCCUCCACCUACUGUUCCAACCUAAACUGUAUUUACCUUUUGCAAAAGCAUCUAGUGCGGCUCAUAACAAAAGCUCACUAUCUAGCAAAUACCGCCCCUUUGUUUAGCCAGCUUAAAGUCCUUGACAUAUUUAGUAUUAAUUCAUUUUCUGUCACUACUUUUAUGUAUUGUUAUCACCAUAAUCUUUUGCCUAGUAGCUUUCGUGACUUGUUCUUAAGUAGUAAUCUGAAGUCCAUCAAUACCAAAAUUCGACUGGCCUCUCAGUAUAGACCUCAUUUUUGUAGAUCAAAUAUAAAGCAAUUCAACAUCCUUUACCGAGGACCUAAAAUCUGGAAUUCGUUGCCUGUUUCACUAAUUAGCUCUCCUUCUAUAUUUGUUGUUAAAAAAAAUGUAAAGAAUUAUCUCACUGAUAGCCGAUCUGUCGCUUAAUUUUCUGAUCUUGCUCACUCUGCACUCAGCCAUGAAUUUAGUUCUCUAGGUAGUUGAAGGAAGCCUAUUAAUAUAAGCUUCAAGCUUCGUUAGACUUCCUUGUCACAUUAAUUUUAUAAUUUAAUUAACACCUUUUGUUUAUGUUGUAUAAGGUUUUGUGGGUGACUAAAUAAAUAAAUAGUUAAAAACAAACAAAAGCAUUUUUUAAAGUGAUCCGGAGGUUCUUCCUUGUUUUGAACUAAACUACAAAUUCUUGGAGAGGUAUAAAAAACCCCUUUUGCUAGCGACAAUGAGAAAACAAGAAAAUCCUGUGAACACAGCCCAGAAAAUGGCAAGCCAAAUUCAAACAAACAAAACGGAGAAGCGACAAUGGAGGAAGUGCCAGGGUCAAUUGUCACAUAUACAGAAGAAGAAAUAAAUACCUUCAAAGAUCACAUUGUCCCUGAAAACACAAAAAAGGGUACGCCACUUGCAUUCAUCCUGAAUCGUGGUACUUAGGAAAGUACAAAACAGAGCUGAACUUGAACAGCAUUUUUAAAACAUUUCAAGGUACUUACCUUAUAUCAAUCGCAACGUUAAACUUUCAGUGCUUUGCCUUGGACACUUCAUUUCUUUCAGUUUUGCUACCGAAGAGGUAAAAGGUGUAAAUUAUUUUCCUUUGCGAGCAAAUGACCAAUUUGAAAAAGGACGUUAUAGAUAACUGGCUUGUAAAUUCAGUGAAAUACCUCUAUUUAUCCUUACAAUUAGUGUGAAGCUUGUUCAUGUGUAAAAAAGUUUGAAAACAAAUGUAAAAACAAGCACAAGGUACAAAAAAAGUUGUCAAAGGUUCAAACGUGUAUGACUGACCUUGCUUCCUAUUCGCUAACGCAAUGACAGGUUUGACAUGUGACUUUGAAAUGGCUUUCUGGGGCGCGUGCUCAGGAUAAAAACAAACAAUAUUAUUGGUGUUUUCUUUUUUUUCCUGAUUUUUAUUUGAUUAUGCGAUUCAAGGAAAAUCCAUUACCUGACUCGUGAAUUCCACGUUAAUUAAAUUGCACUUGAAAACCUAUAUCGGUUUUCGUGUGCAAUUUAACGUGGAAUUCCCUCGUCAGGUAAUGAAUUUUCCUAUAAAACUUAAUAAUAUCGUGGAAAAAUUUCUUGAAUCAGAUUGGCUUAGAGCAGUGCAGUUUUUAGUAAACACAGUACAAAAACAAGGAAACAUAAUGCAAAAAUAAGGAAAUAAAGUGCAAAUUUCUCACAGAAUGAAAACCUGUGAUUGGCUAAUAAACAAUCAGUGUUCUCCAGAAGCGGGCAACUGGCAGUUUCACUGGGAACUCUUUUCCAAAGUGCCAGCUACUCUUAUGAGUCAAAACAUAAAAAAAACUGUCUGUAACUUUUAUCUUCAAUUUUUCGUAAGUUCCAUUUUUUUUUCCUCGAAGGAUAAAAGCGGCACCGAAGCAAAUUGUGUUAAUUCAUUUCUUAGAAUACUAGAACAUGCAAUUUCAUCGGAAAAUAACAAACAAACAAAAAAGCCACAAGAGCUUGUUUGAAAGUUUAUCGAAAAACACAUGAAAAUACAUGGAACUAAAGUGCCUUGAACAGCUACAAAAGAAGACAGGUGUUGUUUAUUCAUGGUUGCGAAGCCACUCCCUGAGGCACUUGCCGAUAGAUAGCUGUGGCUUGUUUAUCCGACAUGAAGAAUAUAAAUCACAAGCAACUAGAAUACAGGCUAUGCAGCCAUUCACUAAAGCAAUCGAGGCGUCAGUAAAGCUUCUUUUCUUACAGCUUGUGGCUUCAAACAACGUCAUAACAAGCGACCAAGGUAAUAGUUUUUCUCCGUUGUUCUUACUUUUGUAACUGCUCCAAAAAUCCAAAUUCACAGUAAUUUUGAUGGCUGUUAAGAAUUAUUUUUCUUCACAUUAUCCGCCAGGUUUUUUUAGCUGUCCCGCUGUGUAAAAUCCUAGAAUCUCGAUGAGUUUUUAAAAGUGUUCAUCUUUACAAUGUUUUGAUUUUUCAUUCAUCCAGUCCAGGCGAGUCGGUUCACGCGUUGACAGUUCUGAGAGACAUGUGACAUGUGAAUAGCAGAACUCCCUUGUCUUUUCUGGUUUGUUCUAACAAGAUUCAAAGGGAUUUUGUGGGCAUUUUUAAUAAAAUAAUUAUUCCACUUGCGCUUGUUGGAUGAGAUGAUUAUUGCCAACUCGGCGCUAUGUGUCUCGUUGGCUAUUUUCCACCUCAUAUCCAACGUUCCCUAGUGGAAUAAUUGUUAAUUAUAAAAUAACUAAGAUAGUACAUGCAUUCUGAUUGGUUAAAAACCAAUAGUUUAUUGUGCCGGUAAAAUCACAGAACUGAAACAUGCUUUAAAGUUAUUUUUUAAAAGUAAAAGACCACAUUUUCUAAAGGUUUGCUGGUGUGAUAACCCACUUGGGAUGUUGGGAGAAGACUGGAAAAGCUUGUAAACCACCAGCUUAACUUCUCAGAUCUCUGGGCCUCAUGCUCCCAAACCCCCCCUUAGAUACGGUACUCUCACUUUACCAGCACUUGGUGUCAGGCACCAGUUACUUUACAUUGGGAGCUGGCUACUCUAAAACUUCUGGAGAACACUGAACAAUAGAAAUAUAUAAGAACCAAUGAGCCUCAUGCGAUCAAGUGUCACAAUCUACUUGCUUAUCUUCUUAGCCAUGGAAGAACAUGAAAGUCAGGUCCUCCAGGUUGAAUGUAGCAGGGAAUGCUCUCUGCUUGGUGAACAAGAGCAAAGUCAAUCAGCAGGUACUGAUAUAGUUCAUGGUAGAUGGUAUUUAUUAUAAAACUUAAUAAUAUACAUGGAAAAAUUUCUUGAAUGAGAUUGGCUUAGAGCAUUGCAGUUUUUAGUAAACACAGUAAAAAAAACAAGGAAACAUAAUGCAAAAAUAAGGAAAUAAAGUGCAAAUUUCUCAGAGAAUGAAAACCUGUCAACAAUCGUGUUCUCCAGAAGCGCAGGCGACUGGUGGUUUCGCUGGCUACUCGAUCUUAUGACUCAAAACAGUAAAAAAACCUGUCUGUACCUUUUAUCUUGAAUUUUUCAGAAGGUCCUAAAAGAAACAAAAACAAUAACUUGUCGUACAAAAAGCUCUUUGGUGUAUGACAAUUUGCCUUUUGCUAAUGGUAUUAUCGAUAUAUUUACUGAAUGAUUUUUGAUGAGACAUUGCCAGAUAAUAUUUUUUAAUUAUAAAAUAACUAAGAUAGUCCAUGCAUUCUGAUUGGUUAAAAACCAAUAGUUUAUUGUGCUGGUAAUCUCAUAGUAAACUGAAACAUGCUUUAAAGUUAUUUUAUAAAAGUAAAAGACCACAUUUUCUAUGGAUUUACCAUCAUGAUAACUCACUUGGUUCUUGGGAGAACUCUGGAAAAGCUUGUAAAUAACGAGCAAAACUUCUCAGAUCUCUGGGCUUAAUGCUCCCAAACCCCUCCCUUAGAUACAGUACUCUCGCUUUAUCAGUGCUUGGUGUCAGGCACCAGUUUCUUUGCUUUGGGAGCUGGCUACUCUAAAACUUCUGGAUAACACUGAACAAUAGAAAUAUAUAAGAACCAAUAGCCUCAGGUGUCACAAUCUGCUUGCCCAACUUAUUAAGAUUAUAUCUUAUCUUCUUAGCCAUAGAAGAACAUGAAAGUGAAGUCCUCCAACUUGAAUGUAGCAUAGAAAGCUCUCUGCCAGGUGAACAAGAGCAAAGUCAUUCAGCAGGUACUGAUAUACCGGUAGUUGUUUAUGGUAGAUGGUAUUUUAUUAUGAAAGUUAAUAAUAUACAUGAAAAAAUUUCUCUGUGAAUUUGAUUGGCUUAUUUUAGAGCAGUGUACUUUUUAGUAAACAUAAUGCAAAAACAAGGAAACAUAAUGCAAAAAGAAAGAAAUAUAAUGCAAAUUUAUCAGAGAAUGAAAAACUGUGAUUGGGCUAAUAAACAAUAGAAAUUUAUCAGAACUAAUUAAGUGCCACAAUUUGCUGGUGGGAAGCAUGUAUACUUUUAAAACUUCCCCCCGUUUUGGUGUAAUUAAUUAUGCUCUGUUGUCUUACCUAAGUAAUCUUUCCUUUUUCUUGUAACACUUUUUUUCUCAAUAUUUUAUUUUAUGAAUUUACCUGAUUAUUUUUAUUUAUUUAUUCAUUGUGGGUUGUUUUUUUUUCAUUUUUGUAACCAAGAUUUUGAAAUUAAUAAAGGUGUGGGUGGGCGUGUGUGUGUAACAAAUAAGGAUGUUAAAACUUUCAUAUAUAUAUAUUUUUUACAUGGACUCAAAAGAGCAGCUAUAUAAUCAGUGAUUUUGUUACCUCUGCAUUGGAUCUAUGUUCCUGACACAUAAAAAUCGCCGAAGACAUAAAAUAAUUCAUGGAUAUAUCGAUCUGAACGUGUGUAUUUGUAGAAGUAUCCCGUACGUGUAAUUUCUGUGGCAGUUAUGGUUGUUGUUUAGUGAUGCAUAUUUGUUUUAGCCUUUGUUGACUUCUGCUUUAAAAUAGAAGAACUAUAUUUUAAUUUCAGUAUACUAUAAUACAGAGUUUUGGAGUGUGUCUUCAGAUUAACUGUCUGCGGCUGGUACAUAAAGGCCCAAACAUUUUCCAUUUUGGACUCAUUUUUUUUAACUGGGACUCAUUGGUUCUGGACUGGGACUCAUGAUUUCUCACAAGAUGAGUCCCAGAAUUCAUCAUAUUUAUUUGUAACAAAAACACUGUAUAAUUCAUUGAUUAGACCUUUUGUCGUGUAAUUCAAGUGUUGUUGUUGUGGUAAACAUGACAAGUCAUCAUGUCUGUACUUAAUUCUCCAUGACUGGAUUGUAGGAUUUUUGUUCUGUUUGUAUUUGAUCGUGCAUUAUUAUUAUGGGAAAACUUACCUUCAGUUAGGGUUGCAUUACUUUGACUAGGACAAAGUUAAAAUACAUUGAAUUCUCAUAGAGAUAAUUAUUUUUUGGAUUAUAAUAAUGAGUUCAUUGGUUGGGUCACUCCCAUUAUAUUUGAUGACUGGUUUAUGAAAUAUCAGCACUUAGAAAAAAAUGAUUGUCAAGGUUGUUGUAUUAUCCGAAGUUUCAAAAGUAGAAAUAUUGUGUAUUUUCUAUUUGAAAUCAGGUUUUGAGAACACUUCCACAGAUACAGCUUUAUAAUAGUAAUUCUUGUACAGUUAUACAAGCAUGCAGUACUAGGGUGCGAAGAAAAGGAGGUCAGUUUUGUGCUUGUCCUUCGGGAAGGCUGUAGCUUGCAUCUGUUAGCCCAAGAAUCACAACUCUAUUAUCCCUCAGGCAAGAUAAAAAAUAGAAUCCACUAGCCCCAUAGCUUAUAUGAAUUGUGUACUGGUUAAUACAAAUAAUUCAUUUACUAGGAGAAGAGUUGGAACAACACAUUCCUGCAGUAGAAAAUGGCCCAAUUGAGGGAGCAAGCAACGUGCAGGAAACACAGCAACCUCUUCCAGAAGUAAAUAAUAGUAGCCACUUAGAAGAUGACCGCCUAAUUGCUAGAGCAAGGGCAGUUGGUGUGGACUAUGAGUUUCCAAAGCCUAGUGAAGUGGAAACGGAGGAUGACAGAAGAAAAGAUUUUAUUUACUUGAAUCCAGUCCAUUCCUUUUUCUCUCCAACAACAAUGGUAUAUUAA